AUGGUCCUUACUUACAUAAUAUUAUGGGAAAAGGAGAGAGACCUUAUUCUUCAAAAUAAUAAAGAUGGAAACUGCCAGUCUGUUUCUGUUGUUACUAUAUGGACUUUAGUUAUUGGUUACGUACUGAUGGUAUCAUUCAGGUGGACUUCAAGCACUCGUCGUUACUUAAAAGCCUUUGCAUUACCAGUGUGGCUUAUACUUCUGUUCCAUUUGGCAUCGGUGGUUGGCCCUUGGAGGAUCCCGGUAUUUUUGGCUAUUGUUAUGCUGAUGAUUGUAGGACUAAUAAAUGAAAAGCAGACAACAGAUGGAGAUGGUGAUAAAAUUCAUGGGCAUGUCAUUUCAUUUGCAUCUCGCACAAUUGCAGUGGCUAUGUCAGUCACUGGGUUUGGAGAAGAUCAGGACGAAUAUCCUUCAUCGGAGCCUUCAGAUAUUUCUCGAAAUGGAGAAGGUUCUGUUGUUUCUUCCUCCAGCUCAUCUGUUUCAAUGGACAGAUCUAGAACUGACUUGCCAGUGGUAGUUAAGAAGAAGAAAACCAGUGACAUCUACUUUAUAUUGCUUGUCUGGGCCAUUAUUUUUGUCCAAAUCUGGAUGAACCUUUGGAUUCUACAGCUACUUCCUGUACCUGUUGCUGUUUGGGGUAUAAAGAAGUUGGUCAUUCAUUUUGGAGCAAUGAAUUUUAUGGAACAAUAUGUUAGUUCCUGGUGGAAGUUAUUGGAACGGUUUGUAAAAGAUCGUCAAGAUGCAUUUUUGCCACGACCUAUCCGAGGACUUGGAAAAUUCAUCAUUAAAGUUGAUAGUAAGCUGUGGCAUUGGCUUAACAAGCAGAUGAUUAUUUGGCUGGAGAGAUCACUUGACAAAAUAAUCAGCAUUUUUAUAAUCUUCCUGUUGGUGAUGGGAACACUGCUUUUAGCUCUGCUUCUUACUGCAAAGGUUCAUCAAGAGAGUGUUCACAUUAUCCAAGUUACCAGCAGUUUAAUCAAUGAGACUGUUGCUAGUCAUCCAGAGUGGGCAAACUGGUUGCCUGAAGCCCAAGUAGUACAAAAAGCUCUAAAUUCAGCUGCUAACAAUGUUUAUCAGUAUGGAAGAGAGUGGAUAACAAACAAGCUUCAUAAGAUCUUAGGAGAUAAAGUAAACAACACUGCUGUCAUUGAAAAACAAGUACUGGAACUCUGGGAUAGGUUAUACCAUUCGUGGUUUGUUAAGAAUACAACCCAUUCCAGUAGACACAAGUGGCACAAGGCUAUUCAUCGUCAGAACAGCUGGCUUGGAGACAUUCUUGACUGGCAAGACAUUGCUUCAUUUCUUCAUGAAAAUAUUGAAACGUUUUUGUCAAUUAUGGAAUCACUUUGGAUUGUAAUGAGUCGUAAUGUAAGUCUGCUAUUUACGACAGUAACUACACUGGUGACAAUUAUCUUCUACAGUGGAACAGCACUUCUUAAUUUUGUUUUGUCUCUGGUUAUAUUUUUGACAACACUGUUUUACCUGUUAAGUUCCAGUGACCAAUAUUACAAACCAGUAAAGUGGGUCAUUAGCCUAACACCUCUUUCCCAGCCUGGUCCUUCAUCCAAUAUUGUAGGGCAGUCUGUGGAGGAAGCUAUAAGAGGGGUAUUUGAUGCCUCGCUAAAAAUGGCUGGUUUCUAUGGACUCUACACUUGGCUAACUCAUACUAUAUUUGGGAUCAAUAUUGUAUUCAUUCCUUCUGCUUUGGCAGCAAUCCUCGGUGCGGUGCCUUUCCUGGGAACAUACUGGGCAGCUCUUCCAGCUGUGUUAGACUUGUGGCUGACAGAGGGUGAAGGCUGCAAAGCUAUAUUGCUUCUGGUUUCGCAUCUUCUGCCAACAUACUUUGUUGAUACUGCAAUAUAUUCAGACAUAUCAGGAGGAGGUCAUCCCUACUUGACUGGUCUUGCAGUAGCUGGUGGAGCUUAUUAUUUGGGCUUGGAAGGAGCUAUUAUUGGGCCUAUCCUCCUCUGCAUUCUAGUUGUGGCUUCUAAUAUAUACAGUGCCAUGCUGACCAGUCCAUCUUCACUCCCUACACCAUCACAGACACCGUGGCCUUUACAAGUACAGAGGCCUUUUAGUGACACUGCAGAAGAAUUGAAAACUGCAUUGGAGUGAUGCGCGUACAUAUCAUACAUAUUGUAGUUCUCAUGGAAGUAUGUUAUGUUUCAUCUGCUGUAAGCUGUUGGAUAUUGGCCUGGUUCGACAACAACGCAGUGGAAAGCCAUUCUUAAAUGGUGUCGGCCUUCCAUAUGUAUAUUUACUUUCACAAAAAAGUAUUUAUUUACAUAAUUUGAGAGUGAAGAUACAGCUUCAAGACUAUAAGAUUUCUGAUGCUUUAUUUGUAUAGAUUUUAUAUGGAUUAUUCUUCUGGUGCCAAUUUUAACAUGAUGCAGCAAGGCUUUUGUGUGGAUCAUAACGUUUUUAUUGUGCACAACUUGCCUGAACUAUGUGACAUUUCCCAUUGUUUGGGAUUCUGCAAACCUUAAACACAGUUGAGCCUCACUGUUUGCACUUUGAUGUUUCUGUAGCUAUUCUUCAUAUUUAUGUGACUCAGUACAUCUAGUCAUGUCUGAGAGAGAGAGAGAGAGAGAGAGAGAGAUGGUAGAGCAUGUCCAGGUGAAGAACUGGGAUUUGCUGUAACUGUCUUUUUACUAUGUUGUAAAAAGAGAUGGAUAAGCAUUGCCAUAGCAUUUAUAUAGUGUUUACAUUUUUAGUAGCUGAAGAAUUUCAUUGACCAAAACAUAGUAAUGUGACCACACUUAUUCUGAAUAAAUUACUGUGAGAAGUCAGCCUUUGCACUAUUUUGGAAGACAAAAUGUUUAGACACACAUCAUUAUCCAUUCAAACAGUUCAUUCCUUAAUUCAUGGUGCUAAACUUUAAAACAAAUGUGUACCAACCAUACUUUCAGAAUGUUAUCACUAAAUAUGUAAAUUGUAUGUAUACAGCUCACAAAGGACCAGCUGCAGUUCAACAUUGGAAAAUACUAUAAGUAAGUGAAACACAAACAGAGCAUGACCUGUAAUUUGGAAAGGAAAGGUCUACUUUUCUAAUCUUGUAGCUUCUGCUAGUGUCAUUUAACUUACAUUUGAUGUAGCAGGUUGUUCAUGGUGUUUGAAUCAUGGCCCUGUGCUUCAAACAAAUUAAGUUGCUAAUCCAGUGUGGGAAAAAAAACAGAUUCCCUUUACAAGCUGAAAGUUUCAAAACUUUGAACUGCAAAUGGUGGAGAGUAUAAGAUCGAAGAUACAGCAUGGAAUGGGGAAUUUACCAUUUUUCUCACUGUAGUCCGAUCUCGGAGUUGGUAUAUUUAUUUAGCAGAGGGUGUUUUUUUUUUUUAAUUACAAUUUUGAAGUUUCACAACUUCGAUUUUAUGAUCUUGACCAUUUAACUUUGAGCUUGUAAAGUAGAUCAGAAAAAACACCACAUUGUAACUUGAUGUGCAUAUUGUAAGUACUGUGCUUUUUCUACUUUUAAAUGCAGUUUAGACACUGUCAUCCACGGUAGUUCAAGGCAAAACGUACUAUGUGAACUUACUUUUCCUCAUUUUGAAAGUAUGCUCUUUUUGAUUAGUGUUUCAUUCAAGUACUUAUACUUAUGUGACAUGUGAAAAUCAGAAGAGUAACUUUUCAUUAAAUAAAUGUUUACAUGCAUUUCUUUUUCUAGCUGGAUCACCAGGCGUUAGUAAGAACAGGUAAGGUAAGCUUGAUGGGCUUGAACAGGCAGUGUCAUCUUGCCCAUCUCGGGAAGAGAGAAAUGACCUGUCCUGCCACAUAAGUGAUACCUUCUCCUUUCACAUUAGAGAUGCCUUUCUGUUCGUAGGCAAUUGCUGGAGGAAGAUGGCGGGGCAGGUUGACAAUACUAGGCAGUGCAUGUGCUGCUGAUUCAGGAAUGUUGUGGGUGGAAGCAUGCACAUCAUUCCCAUCUCGGCAGCCAUUGCAGUCUAGCUUGUCUGUGGAGUGGGGGCUAGGAGGUACCUUCAUGUUAAACAAAACACUAGGCUGCUCUGUAAUGCCAGACUCUUAUGUCCAUGGGGAAAACAUGGGUGGCUCACCCCCCCCCCCCAUGCAAAUGGGAUAAAAGGCUCCUGCACAGUUUAGUGAUGCCUGUUUUUUGCCACUUGAGGAACAGAUGAGCAGAAUAGGAAGCAAGUAAUGGAUCCACUGGGUCAGCUCCCAAGGUGGUGAGGGGUAAAAAUAAAUAAAUGUGUUACAUAUUUCCUUGAUUACAUGUGUGAAUUUUGGCUCCAUGUUUCUUUGACUAGCUCUCACUUGCCCUACCUGUGAAUAUUCCUGAAUACUGUGCUGAUUUUUUGUCCAGUUAACGAGUGGUUUGUAUCCCUCUUUCCUUAUUUGUCUUCAGGGUUUUUAAUUUACUGCUAUGAGGUAUGUCAUUCCAUCUCUGUGUUUGCUAAUGAGUGAGCAGAAUGGAUAUAAACUACCUGUUGUAUCUGUCUUCCUGUAGCUUCUAAUGCAGGAAAAAGGAUUGAAAGACUAGCUUUUGUAAGUACCCCUUGUGGUUCUUAAUCACACUAUCCAUUAUGUUCCUGUCUUCACUCUAGCGUCAAUAGAGCACAGAAAUAGCAGCAUCAGACAGAUCAGAAUAUUGCAGAAACUAGAAGCACUGCUGUGCAAGGAAAGAAAUCUUGAUUUCUAUUAAUACUGCUGUACACCUAGCUAGUCUUUAUUCUGACUGCAUGAAAUAAAAGACUGAAUUUUGAAGUAGAA